CGGCAAUCUGGAGCGGGCGGGGCGGAGCGCGGGCGGGGCGGAGCGCGGGCGGGCCCAGCCCUGGUUGCUGGUGAGAGUCGCCUGACCUGGCUCCUCCCCAGGCCCGCCCGGGCAGGUUUAUCUUGUGACUGAGGCGGUCGCUUCUUCCUUCUUCGCGUUUGGAACCUGUUCAGCUGCGAUGCGUUCCCUGGCCGUCGUGUUCGUGCUCCUGGCGCUCAGCGCCUCCGCCCUCGCCGAGCCAGUGCUUUUCAAGGACUGCGGUUCUGGGUUUGGAGUUAUAAAGGAGCUGAAUGUGAGCCCAUGCCCCACCCAGCCCUGCAAAUUGCACAAAGGCCAGUCUUACAGUGUCAAUGUCACCUUCACCAGUAAUGUUUCAUCUCAGGGUAGCAAAGCUUUGGUGUAUGGCAUCCUGAUGGGCGUAGCAGUUCCCUUUCCCAUUCCUGAGGCUGAUGGUUGUAAGAGUGGAAUCAACUGUCCCAUCCAGCAAGGCAAGACCUAUAGCUACCUGAAUAAACUACCAGUGAAGAAUGAAUACCCCUCUAUAAAAGUGAUGGUGAAGUGGCAGCUUCUGGGCGACAAGGAACAGAGUCUCUUCUGCUGGGAGAUCCCAGUGCAGAUUGAAGGCUAGAGGUGCUAAUGCCAGCAUGUUGCGUGGGGGUGAGAGAGGAACGGGUGGAGGGAGGGCAGGAGAAAUCGAGUCUAACCUAAAGGAAAGGAAUUUUGACACAGCUGUUUGGUGCCUCUCAGUCUCCAGAAGGUUCCAGACCCUGUUUCCUGAGAGCUCAGAACUAUCGCCCUUGUAAUAUCUUUGGUGAAGGGUUGGAGGGAAGAAGAGAGGGAGAGAGAUAGGCACGGAUUUAAUUUGUCUUCAGUAUUUUUUGCCGUUGGAAAAAGGAAGGUCCGGUCAGUGAGGACCCAAAUGAGGCUGCUUCAGGCUAUUGGCUAACCUGCCCUCGGGUUAUCGGCCCUCGCAGCGGAGGAGGGUUUCCACACCUCCCCCACCUAACAGGGAUAUUACAUCUGCAAGUUCCUCAUCUCCAAGUGCCUCACUGAGUUCAGCGCGUCGGGCCAGCCAGCCUGCUGACUCUUAACAGUACCUGCUGGUCCGCUGCUUCAUCCAUCGUGACAUGCUGGCCGGUGGCGCCCAGCAGCUGGGCGGAGGGGGGUCGCUCUACGACGGAAACUCACCCCUGAAUGGCCGGUUGUCUGCGGUUACCCGCUGUCUCCUUAGGUUACCCCCUGUCUUAGGCGGUGUUCAUUAAAUGCAGCACUUGAUUAACA